CCAUGGCGGACGGCAGCAAUACGGUGCACGCCCGCGCGCUUCUGCAGCAGUGCCUGCACGCUCAUCUACAAGUGCGCCCGGCCGACGGGGACGCCGCGGCGCAGUGGGUGGAGAUCCAGAGAGGCCUAGUGAUCUAUGUGUGCUUCUUCAAGGGGGCGGACAAAGAGCUUCUUCCCAAGAUGGUUAAUACGCUGUUAAAUGUGAAAUUAAGUGAGACAGAAAACGGCAAGCAUGUCUCCAUCCUGGACCUGCCCGGCGACGUCCUCAUCAUCCCUCAAGCCACCCUCGGGGGCAGGGUGAAAGGAAAAAACAUGCAGUAUCACGCUAACUGCGGGAAGGAGGAAGGCCUGGCACUGUACUCCCAGUUCGUGAGUCUGUGUGAGAAAGCCCUGGCCGCCAACAGCAAGUGUGCCGAAGCGGGGGUUGUAGUGGCGCACGGCACUUACGGGAACAGGCAAGUGUUAAAGCUGGACACCAAUGGACCAUACACGCACCUAAUUGAGUUUUGAAAGACUCUCUCCAUGACUGCCUCCUGGUAUAAAAGGACUGGACUGGACUUAGGUUUGGUCCCCUUCCUCUUGAAGGCACAGAUCUGCAACAUGUUUAGGCAAGAAAAUCCUGGAUCCAAGAUGGACAUAGUGACACAUUCCUUUAAUCCCAUCCCAACGCUCAGAGGCAGAGACAGCAGAUUUUGUCACUUGGAGGCCAUCCUGGUCUACCUAGCCAGUCAAGGACAGCCUGCCUCAAAAAAAUAAAGAAACUGGGAAAAUAAAUGAGUCGUUUAUAAAAGGCAGCACUGGUUUUUACAAACCCCUCUGCCUUGACUUUAAAAUAUGUUUUUAAGAUUGGAAACAGUGGCAUAGCGAUGGCUCGGUAGUGAAGAGGUUUUGUUGUUCCUAGAGGCCCUGGACUCAGUGCCCAGCACAAUGGGUCCUAACAGUCUGAACCUGCAGCUCUGGGGGAUUGGAGGGCUCCCAGCUGCACAGGCAUACACAUACAUAAAAAGUAAAGAUAAAUAUUAAAAACUCCAAGGUAUUUUUAAAUUGAAAAUUAAAUAUUUCUAAUUAGCAGACUUAGACAUCCGAGGACGUUGCUGGACUCUCCUGGUGUCUUAGGUGUCCCUUGGCCUCUUCUGACAUUUUAAAUUCCUCUUGCACACAUGCCCGAAAUUCCUUUUUUAUAGCUUUCCUGUACUGUUCUAUUUUGAAACUUGAGAAUCAAUAACUUGAGCUCAUUAUUCUUAACUUCUGCUUUAUUGAUUCACAAUGCAGUUGUUGAAAUGUGAUAAACUAUUCAUAAGCUUAGAAACCCCAGUUUUCCUUAAAUCUUCUCAAGGACAUGCGCAUGUCUUUCAAAAAGAUUACAUUGCUUACUUUAAAUCAUCUUGGUUUUAUGCCUGUGUAAAAUGCUGACUCACAGCUCUACAUGGAGUUCAAGAAUUCUCCUCACAAAGCCGCCUGAGGUACCUGUGGAGAAAGGUAGUCCAAGUUCAUGGAAGGUUGAUAAUUAGAAACAAUGACAGAUGGGGGUAAGCAGAAAAAUUAUAGAUUUGGAAAUUACUUAACCUUUGCUUUUCAUAGCUUUUUUUGUCCAAGGGGCUCAAAAACCCAUCAAUAUACACAUUUAAUUUUCAUAUCUAUAAUGAAGAUAGCACUAUAGAAAGAAAGAUGCUGUUUUCCCCAGGUCAUCCACCAUGGAAGAGUCAUCUCCUUCCUCUGACUUACACUGAGACUUGUUGCUGGUUCAUUGGUUUAGUUACUAAAUUAGGCAUGAACAAAAUUGCCCCUAACAUACAUACCUUAUCCUUUGUUCUUUCUAAGAUUAUAGAAUGUUUCAAACAAUAUACUUCCUAAAUAUUUUUCAAAGAUUUAUUUUUUCUUUUGUGUGUGUAUGUGUGUGCACGCUCGCGCGCACACAUGCUCAUGUGUGUGUAUGUGUUUGUCCGUUGGUAUGUCCACAUGAGUGCAGGGGCCCUUGGAGAAUAGAAGCUCCCCUGGAACUAGAGAUGCAGGUGACUGUGCCUGAUGUGGGGUCCUGAGUUAAGCAAUGCAUGGUCUUAGCCUCUGUGCUAUCUCCCCAAGACCGCUUAAAUGUUUUUAAUCUUUCCGUUUAGAAUCCUGGAACCACUUGUGGAAAAUAUAUGUAAGAUGCAACAGAUGUGGUUUUAAUGUCUGGAACACAUUCAUGUAAAGUAAAAUGAGGGAGCUGAGCAGGUGACUUAGUGGUUAAGACCAGAGUUCGGCUCCCAGCACCCAUGUCGGGCAGUUCUCAGCAUUCUGUAACUCCAGCUCCAGGACUCUGCCCUGUAUUCAAGCAUGUGCACACAUGCACACACAUCAUUUAAUAAAUAAAGCAAAUUGAAACGUGCCUUUAUCCUUACUUCAAAUUAUAAAAAGAAGGGCAGAGGCAUGCAUGUAGUGCCCAUACAGCCCAUAAAACAGCAUCAGAUCCUUGAGAAUUAGAGUUAGAGACAAUUAUUACCUGACUGUUAGCCACCAUGUGGUUUCUGGAAACUGAACCCAACUCCUUUAGAAGAGUAUUCAGUGCUCAUAACCACAGAGCCAUCUCUGCAGCCCCACAACCUAUAGCUCAUAUACCUUCUUGCAAGCUGUCUUCAAGGCACUGUUUCUAGAACAUGUCUGUCUAUGGUACUGCAUGGCUUAGAAGCUGUUGUAACUCUUUAUGUGCAGGACAAAGUCUACACAUUGAGGUUGGAGUUAAGGUUCCUGACAUAGUCAAUCAACUAGUGAGUUCUGAUCACCAAGAGUAAAAAUUAAUAUGACAUUCUCUUGUGAUAACAGUGUGGUUGCUAUUCUCCAAGACAAGUGGCAGAGAAUGCUGUAGUAUUUGAUAUUGCUGUUGGUAACUUUUAUUCUGUCAGUGUGGAGCCAACUGAUCAUUAACACAGACACUCUUCAUAAGGCAGAACCUUGGGUAAUAACUGCAAAGAAAGAGCAAAGUCCAAGAGGCCAAAAACUCUUAAAGAUAGCAGAGAAGUAGAAAGACAAGAAGCAUCAUUGAGCAAAGGUGCUCUUCAGUACAUAAACAGGAGGCCAGCAGGAUGGUUCAGGGCUAAAGGUACCCGCUGCCAAGCUUAGUGAUCUGAGUUCAAUUCUUGGGACUCACGUGGCAGAAGGCGAGCACCAACUCCAAAUUCUCCUCCGACCUCCACAUGCACAUUGUGACACUUGUGCACCCAGACACAAAAUCAGCCAAUAAACAAAAUAUGAAAAACAAUUGGAAUUACUAAAGAAAAAUUCGAAGAAAAAUUAAGUAAGGUCAGAAGAGAGAUCUGUGAACCUAAAAGUUAAGAGUUUUCAGAAUGGGUAGUGGUGGUUCACCUUUAAUCCCAGCAUUCAGCAAGCAGAGGCAGGUAGAUCUCUAUGAGUUCAAGGCCAGCCUGAUCUACAGAGCAAUUUUCAGGACAGCCAAGGCUAUAAUGAGAAACCCUGUCUUGAAAAAAAAAAAGUUUUCAGAGAUCAUAGAACAAUUUAAAUCUGUCUUCAUUACUUUCCUAUUGCUGUGAAGAGACACCAUGACCAAGGGAGCUUACAGAAUAGUUUAUUGGGGGCUUUCUUACAGUUUCAAAGGAUUAUUCUACAACCAUCAUGGUAUCGCGGUGGGAUGGCAGCAAACAGGCAAGCAUAAUGCUGGAGCAAUAGCUGAGAGCUUACGUAUUGAGAUAGUAACCAUGAGGCAGAGAGAGAGAAGAGAGAGAAUUGGAAUGGUAUAGGCUUUGGAAACCUCAAAGCCACUGUCAGCGACACAUCUCCAACAAAGCCACACCUAAUCCUUCCCAACCAAUUCCACCAAUGGGUUCAAGCAUUCAAACAUAUGGGCCUGUGGUAGGCAUUCUCAUUCAAACCACCAGUCUUUGCAACAGUAAGCAUUCUUAAGUUUUUGUAGAAGAUAAUAUCUCACCUGUCCCAGACUCACCAAGGGAAUCUGUUGAAUGCAGUUCUAAAUCAGUCUUAGAGUCAAGGUCUGUCUGGUCACCAAUCUUCCUGCCAGAUGACUCUUGCACUCACCAGAAUCCCACACCCAUCACUCAGAACCAAGUCCAGACUUCUAAGGCUGGAGUCAGGGGGUUUUGUUCUGUUCUUUUGCCAUUAUUUAUAGUUGGCGGAGGGGGUAUGUAUGCCACAAAGAUGUCAAAGGACAUCUUGCAGGAGCAGGUUCUUUCCUUCCAUCUUGUGGGUCCCAUCAUGAUAUGUCCGUCAGACAGGCCUGGCAGCCCUUGGCCUACCCCACCUGGCCUGCUCUUCUGUAACUGGGCUCCAGCUCACCUUUCAAAACUUUCCCCCCACAACUGUCCUCAGAGCACCUUUAGCACGGGUCUAGCACCAUUUUCCAGGUCGCACGCUUACCUCAUUACCCUCUUUUCCACUCUAAAUCCAUCGCCGUUUGCUCUGUAGCCUCAGGCAGUCUCUUUCAGCCCCACGGGAAUUUCUGUUGCCAUCGUCCUUCCUAUUAGACUUGUACUAUUUUGAAACCUAUGAUGUACUAUGAGAUUGAGUACUUUUUAUUUCUGGACUGUAAGAGUAUAUUAACACGGAGAGGCAGAAUAGCGUGGGCAGACAGCAUACAGUCUAAAUAUUUUAUCUCCUACAGCUUUGCCACACUGCUGCGUCUGUUACCACGCUUGGGAGUUCUCAGUGAGGCAGCAGUGGCGGUGUGCCAGUGGCCAGAACACUCUUGAUGUUGGUUCAGUUAUAUUGUUAAUGCACAGUGAAUUUCUUAGUUAUAAAGGUUGGAGCUACAGGAAGCAAGUUAAAUAUAGCUGCACCUUGUUUUGCUAUAAUAGAAGACACCAGAGGAAUGCUAUUUGGAGGGCAAAGGACUCGUGUGUUGUCUCAGGGUUCACUCUGUAGUGUCUUUCUACUAUAGUGCAGCUGUAUUUGUAUAAAAGUUUUGUCUAUACAAGAUCUGCUGAGUAAAUUGGGAGUGUAGGAGGUCACAGG